GUCCUCCACUAUCACCUUCUCGAACACCUGGGCUUUGCCGGGCCUCCUUCUACUCCUCCGGGUCUUCUUCCCCUUGUGUUAGGAAGUGGCAGCGUGUUCGGCAUGGAGACCGGGCAGAGCUUUGCCAACUCCAGCGCCGGGCACGUUCCCACCCACGGCGGAAAGUGCCGCAACGGCUGCCUGGAGCUGCUCCGCGGUCACCCCCAAGCCGAACAGCGCCUGGACCGCGUCCGGAGUCGAGCCGAUGCCGCCCGUACCGUUGCCGCUGCCCGGCGCGUUCUCCUCGCCAACGACGUGGCUGGUGGUGGGGACGUUGCUCCUUGUUUGCACCAUUCUCGCGUUUGGGAGUUAACCUACGAUUUUGAAUCCAACAAUGGUGCAAAAUCUGAAGAUGAAGAUAUCACCAUCCUUUUCCGUUUGCAUCGACAAAUCCUUGAUGUUACAAAAGACGAUGUAACCCUUGAAGACAAGUGGUUUUCUAUUUUAGCACAGCACGCGUCUCCCCGUAAAGAUAAAGAUAAAUUCCACCCCCCUAUCACUAAGGAGCCAUAUCUCCAAUAUUUAGAAUUUUGUCCUUCUCCUCCAUUUGCCGUAGGGCCUUAUUUAUUCAUCACCCGUGCUGUAGACCACGACACAGAUGAAGAUGCAGCUUUAUGGUCUGUGUUUUAUCUUGACACGCGAAAUAUCAAGGAUGGGUGGAAGGAAGCUCCUCGCCCGCAGGGCAUUAAAUCCUGCAAUUACUGCUUCUUUCAGGCCAAUGACAAGAUUUAUGCACUUGGAGUCUUUCGGGAUCCCUUAGUUCCGGAUCUCUCAUUCGAUUUAAAGUGUCUUGAUUGCCAUGAAUUGCGUAGAGGCUGGCAGUCCUUAUGUUCAAUUAGUGAUGAACUCUUAGAAUGCAGGGUCGGCUUUUGCCUUUAUGCAUUCAAACUCGAAUAUGCAACUACCACUGAGCCUGCUGCUGGUGAAAUGCGCCAUGCUACACAUGACGUGAUUUUUUUAUUGGGCAAACAAAUUUCCUAUGAUAUCGACAGCAAUAGUUUUCAUGUGUCUCCGUCUCACGCUGGGCACAAGUUUUAUUGCGAAGGUGUUGGUGUUGGGGAUUUGAUUUACUUUUUGCGCGAGAAUCAACCAAAUGAAAGAGCGAUGCUCAUGGUCUACAAUGACCGUCUCCACAAAUGGUACCCAACUCCAGUUCUUGGCUUGAACCAUCCUAAUGCUUUGCUAGUGGGCUACAAACGAUAUACUGUUGUGGAAUAUCCCUCUGCAAAAUUAUUGCUCAUAAGAGAAAGAUGUCUGUGUAUUCUUUGGGCUGAUAUUCACUAUGAUUCCACUCGAAUUUACUGUACCAAAUUUAAUGUUCACGUGAAAGAUGAGCAACCACGUGCUGUGAAUGUUUCCACCCGAGUGCACAGAGUCAAGGGUUUUCAUUGUGAUGAUCUAGAGGCCGUUUUUAGUAGCAGUGAGAUGAUACGACAAUUCCUGGAAAGAGAAAGCUCACAGACUGGUACUCUCAGAGGGUAAAGCGCACAAAAGCAAG